UGAGGACGGUUGAUACCAAGCAGCAAAGGCGGACACGCGCCUCGUCCAGACCAUCAGAUCUCCCCUUGCCUUCCCAUCUCAUCCUCCCCCGUCCCAACGGCCCCACCGCGUCUCCAGCCUCCCUCUGUCCGGUACGCAGCCCGCCAAACACUCACGGUACAGAUUCGAAUGUCGGAUGUGCAUGUAGUUGAUGCCCUGCGCGGAGAUGCACGGCGUCACCUGCUGGCCUUCCUCCUCAAGGUCGAGCACCAGCGGGAGAAAGCGCUCGACGUAGGACGCGGGCACGUCGUCGCGAUACGAGCGCUGGAUGAGGGGCUUGCCCUUGAGGUCGAGUAUCGCGAUGAGGCUGGCCAUCGCGGCGGGAGACAACACGCUGAUGGGCGCGUGCGUGCCGACGAUCGCGUGAUGUCACUGCUUGCCUUCGCCCAUCUCUACUGCCACAUCCGCCAAGCACCGCCGCCUCGUCCUUCCCAUCCACGCCCAGUCCACUCCCCUCAUCUCUUGAUCGAGUCGACCGACCCAGACAGCCAGCCUCCCAGCCAGCCCACCCGCACAACACGCGUCCUCAACCCGCCUGCUGCCUACCGCCGCGUCAUCCGCGCUCCCGCCGCCGCCGUCCCGCGCCAGAUGACGCGUCCGCGCUGCCCGUCGCAUAAGAAGCCGGUUCGCGUCCGAUCGAAGUCGACGCGCGCCCCUCGCCUUGACGUUCUUGCUCGAGCCCGCCCGCGAUCGCUGCCUGCGGCGCAUACACAAGUCUAUCGCCCUACGCCUUCCCGCAGCCGCGCGUCAAGACCACCGCCUCGCGCCUCUCCGCUAUCCGUCCCACCCGCGUCCCCUCCUCCGCCUCUCACGACGCGCUCCCGCCUUCGACAACGCCAUAGCCACGUCAUCAAGCCCCCGAAGGACGUCCACAACCCCCUCCUAUUCCUUCCCUACCAUACCCUACCCUCCCCCUUCCCUUCUUCGGCUUCGAUCCCACCCUACCCUCUCUCUUUUCGCACCUCCUCACUACCUACCCAUACCCUUUCCCGCCACCCUACCCCAUUCCUUUCGCGCGACCCCUACCCCUCUCGUCCCACCCCCUCCCUCUCCGUUACCGCCCUACCCCCACUUCCCUUUCGCGCCACUUUACCCCUCCCCCUCCCGCUGUUCGUACCGGCCUACCUCCCUCUUCCCUCCCCUCUCGCGCUUCGCCCCCCUCCCCCUUCGUGCAACUCCCCUCCCUCCCUAUCUUCGCUCCCCCUUUUCUCGUCAUUCACGCGACCCCCUUCCCUCCCUACCCCCCUCCGUUUCGAUCGUCCCUCCCCCCUACCCUUUCCAUCUCGUAUCGCUCCUCCCCUCCCCCUUCCACCCCUUCUUGCCCUCCCCCUCCCUUCUCGCCUACCUCAUCCCCCCUUCCCCCCUCCCUUCGUGCUAACGCCCUUCCUUCGUGCUAACCCUCCACCCCUUCUCCCCCCUCCCCCUCCUCCCUCCCCCUUCUCGCCCCUCCCCCUUCUCGCCCCCCUCCCUUCCUACUUAUCCCGUCCCCCCCUUCCCACCUACCCUCUCCCCUCCCCCUUCUAGCACGACGACGCGCGCGGCCGAGAUGACUAAGCGGGGUAGGGGGUCAGGGGGUC